AUGGCUGCUGGCCGAAUUGAAAGAUGGGCGCUUCUUCUCAACCAAUAUGAUUAUGAAAUUGAGUAUAUCAAGUCCGAGGAAAAUGUUCUUGCGGACGCAUUGUCAAGAUUGCCCUGUAAAGAUGAAUUGCAACAAGAUGUUGAACAAAAGCUUUAUAAUGUCAGUGUAAUUGAGGAAGAUUUCCCGCUGACUGCGAAAGAAAUUGAAAAUGCCACGUUGAAAGAUGAAGUACUGACCACAGUCCUUAAAUAUGUAAAGGAGGGCUGGCCAGAAAAGUCAGUCUGUAACAUAAUGAGUGAAGAAAAUUCCCUAAAACCUUACAUAUCUAAACAGCUUGAGCUAUCUUGCAUUGGAAAUUGCUUGCUUUGGGGUCAGAGAGUUAUAAUUCCCACAAAUUUGCGAGAAAGAAUGCUUAAAGAGUUACAUUGGGAACACCCAGGUAUCUGUCAAAUGAAAGCCAUAGCAAGAUCCUAUGUGUGGUGGCCCAAACUUGAUGUUGAUAUUGAAAUGAUUGUUAAAAAUUGUCAAACAUGUCAAAGUGUAAGAAGCACUCCACCCACAACACCCUUAAUUCCGUGGAAAUGGCCAGCAAGACCAUUUCAAAGAGUGCAUGUCGACUAUUGUGAAAAGGAUGGUAAUAAUUUUCUUGUCUUAAUAGAUAGUCAUAGUAAGUGGUUAGAAGUGGUGCAUAUGAAAAGUACCACAAGUAGUAGAACAAUCGAGGAAUUGAAAGUCAUAUAUUCACGAUAUGGUUUGCCUGAAGAAGUGGUGUCUGACAACGGCCCACAAUUUGUUAGUGCAGAAUUUGAAUCCUUUUGUGAUAAAAAUAAGAUAAAACAUACAUGUAGCCCAGUAUACCAUGCUGCCACUAAUGGAGCAGCUGAACGAGCUGUAAGAGUAGUAAAAGAGGCUUUGACUAAGCAAGUACUUGAUGGUAACUCCAAGCUAUCAAUGAAGCAUAGAUUGGCUAAUUUCUUAUUGAAGUAUAGGACUACUCCGCAUAGUACCACUGGACUUACUCCAGCAGAGUUGCGUAAGCUCAGAACAAGACUAUCAUUAGUUAGUCCAAAUAUUGCACAGUAUGUUGAAGAAAAACAGGCACAACAGAAAUUGUACAAAGAUCCUAAAAUUAAUUCGGAAGGCAAUUUCAAUUAA